AUGAGCAGACAGCCCUACAGAGCAGUUUCACCUGCAGCAGCAGCAGCAGCAACUGCAGCAGCAGCAGCAGCAACAACAGCAACAGCAGCAGCAGCAGCAGCAGCAGCAGCAGCAGCAGAAGCAGAAGCAGGAAGCACAGGGUCUGUGGCCAGGCAGCUGGACGCGGAGACAGCCCUUCAGAGCAAUUUCACCUGCAGCAGCAGCAGCAGCAACUGCAGCAGCAGCAGCAACAACAACAGCAACAGCAGCAGCAGCAGCAGCAGCAGCAGAAGCAGAAGCAGGAAGCACAGGGUCUGUGGCCAGGCAGCUGCUGCUGUCAGAGGCAGCAGCAGCAGCAGCAAAGACAUCCAUUCGCAACGCAGCAGCUGCAGCAGCAGCAACAGCAACAGCAGCAGCAGCAGGAAGAGAAGCAACAACAGCGCAUCUCAGCAGCAGACGCUGCGGCGAAGAACUGCAGCAGCAGCAACUGCGAAGGAGCAGCAGCAGCAGCAGCAACAGCAGCAGCUGCAGCCCCCUCCUCUUCCUCCUCCCCUGCAACAGCAGCAGCAGCAGCAGCAGCACCAGCAGCAGCAGCAGCAGCAGCAGCAGCAAGAGGAAUAUCUAGUGCAGCGGAUCUCAGCAGCAGACGCUGCGGCGAAGACCUGCAGCAGCAGCAACUGCGAAGGAUCAGCAGCAGCAGCAGCAACAGCAGCAGCAGUAGCCCCCUCCUCUUCCUCCUCCCCUGCAGCAGCAGCAGCAGCAGCAGCACCAGCAGCAGCAGCAGCAGCAGCAGCAGCAAGAGGAAUAUCUAGUGAUAUUGGUAUAUUCCGCAGCAGCAUAUUGCGCGCAUUGACUUGGCGUUGUUCUUCUUUAUGUGAGGCAGAUGUAAAUAAACUUGCUGCUGCUGCUGCUGCUGCUGCUCCUUCAUCUGCUGCUGCUGCUGCUGCUGCUGCUGCUGCUGCUAUUCCUGGUGUCUCCGUUUGUCUCGCUCAUCAUAUCUCCUCAAGGGCCCUUCACUUUGCUCUCCCUCGUGCUGCUGCUCUGGCGCAGCAAGUUGCUGCUGCAACAGCAGCAGAGGCUGCAGCAGCAGAAGCAACAGCAGCAGCAGCAGCAGCAGCAGCAGCAGCAGCAGCACCUGCUGCUGCUCCUGCUGCUGCUCAAAGCAGCACAGGUGCACCAACAACAGUCGCAGCAAACGUAUCCUCUCUAACCAAGCCAGCAGCAGCAACAACAGCAGCAGCAACAGCAGCAACAGCAGCAGCAACAGCAGCAACAGCAGCAGCAGCAGCAAGAGCCGCAGCAGCAAAAGCAGCACGAGCUGCUGAUCGUGCUGCAUGGGUAUUAGCAGCAGCAUCAGAGUCACUGGGUGAGGCUGCUGCUGCUGCUGCAGUAGCAGCAGCAGCAAAGAAUGUUGCUGCUGCAGACACAGGGGCGCAGCUGCUGCAGCUGCUGCAGCUGCUGCAGCAGCUGCUGCUGAUGGAAGCUCGCCUCGAUACAGGGGCGCAGCUGCUGCAGCUGCUGCAGCUGCUGCAGCAGCUGCUGCUGAUGGAAGCUCGCCUCGAUAUAUACACGCAGCAGCUGAUUGACCUGAUAGCAGUUGCUGCUGCAUCUGCUGCAGCAACAAAACCCUCAGCAGCAGCAGCAGCAGCAGCAGCAGCAAUAGCAGCAGGAGCAGGACCAGGAUCCUCCUCCUCAGCAUCAACAGCAGCAGCAGCAGCAGCAGCAGCAGCAGCAGCAGCAGAUACACUCGCGCUGCUGCCUGACGGCUUCUUUACUGCUCUCGUGCAGGCGUUGGGGAAGCAGCAAGCGAAGGCAGCAAACGUGCUGCUGCAGCAAGACCUCCUAGAGGUCAAGCUCCUGCUGCUGCUGCUGCUGCUGCUGCUGCUGCUGCUGUUGCUUGUCUGGGUAACUCCGCUCUACACCGCAGCAGCAGCAGCAGCAGCAGCAGCAGCAGCAGCAGCAGCAGUUUAUCUCAUUUUGCCUGCGGCCAGCUGCUGCUGGGGUUCUAUCGUCUUCGUUAUGUGA